ACUUCCUGAUGGAGCUGCUGCCGCCGCCGCCGCCGCCGCGAAGAAGAAGAAGAAUAAAAAUACACUCCUAGCAAGCCAGCUAGACGAGUUAUGAAAAGUUAUGUUUUUACUGCCAAGCGGACCGAGCAAUAAUGUUUUCAGCCAUGGACGCUAUUCAUCGCGGUUCCGUGCAUGAAUAGUGGGAAAAAAAAGAUCCCCGUGUCCAGAGAGCCCGGGGCACUGGUGACAAGUCAACUGCGAAGGGUUCGAUUGUUGAAGCUAAUAAUUCCCCCUGUAGCUAGCGUUAGCCAGCCAGCCGGCUAACGCAAGCUGGCUGGCUAACGCAGCCUGGGCCUCAUCCGCCUCGUCUUUACUCGCGACUGUGGCGCGCCGAUAUCAACCGGGUGCUCGGCGCCGGUCCGCGGCGAGGCUCACUCGCAUUUGACGCGGGCCCUGCGCUAAUUUCCCAACGUUGACUUUUCCGGGCAGUUUGUCGCAGGGCAGCUCCAAGCGAGCUGCGCGACUCGGGCUACGCAGUUAGCCAGCUGGGUUGACUGCACCCCUUCGACUCGCCCGGACGCCGCCGCGAUGUUGUUCUGCCUCGUUUCGACGGGCGGCUACGUCACGUACUCAACUGACCGCGUUGCCGGGUUUUUUUUUCGAAGCAGCUAACUUUGCCUUUGUCGUCAGACCGCGUCCCCGUGUGCUACAUCGGUCGUACAGUGGCGCCACCUGUCCAAAUGUCGCACAAGGAGCCUGCGCAUCCUUGUGCCGAGUGUGACUCUGAUUAGACGGUGAAGUGUAACUGGUGUUCGUGUGUCUGCUCUCCUCUCAGUGAGCUACUAGCCGACGCGAGCUGGUAAUGUCUCAAACGUUACCAUCCGCCGAAAUGCUCGAGACACCCCCCGGAUACCCGUUCGAAGAAAUCAACUAUGAGGACAUCGACGUCGAGGAGGUGGUGGGGAGAGGAGCCUUUGGGGUUGUAUGCAAAGCCAAGUGGAAAGGCAAAGAUGUCGCGAUCAAGACCAUCGAGAGCGAAUCGGAGAGGAAAGCCUUUAUUGUCGAGCUUCGGCAGCUUUCACGUGUUAAUCACCCCAACAUUGUGAAGUUGUACGGUUCCUGCAAUAAUCCAGUCUGCCUAGUGAUGGAAUAUGCUGAAGGUGGCUCGUUGUAUAACGUGCUGCAUGGUGCUGAACCCCUCCCCUAUUACACUGCUUCCCAUGCCAUGAGCUGGUGUUUACAGUGUUCCCAGGGCGUGUCCUAUCUCCAUGGCAUGAAACCAAAGGCUCUCAUUCACAGGGACCUCAAGCCACCCAAUCUGCUCCUAGUGGCAGGCGGCACUGUGCUGAAGAUAUGUGACUUUGGAACGGCUUGCGACAUUCAGACACACAUGACCAACAACAAAGGAAGUGCAGCCUGGAUGGCCCCAGAGGUAUUUGAAGGCAGCAAUUACAGCGAGAAGUGUGACGUGUUCAGCUGGGGGAUCAUUCUCUGGGAGGUUAUCACUCGCAGGAAGCCCUUCGACGAAAUCGGAGGACCGGCUUUUCGCAUCAUGUGGGCUGUGCACAACGGUACAAGACCUCCUUUAAUCAAAAAUCUGCCCAAGCCCAUUGAGAGUCUGAUGACUCGCUGUUGGUCUAAAGACCCCUCUCAGAGGCCCUCCAUGGAGGAGAUAGUGAAGAUCAUGACUCAUCUUAUGAAGUACUUCCCAGGAUUUGAUGAGCCCCUGCAAUAUCCAUACCAGUAUUCAGAUGAUGGACAGAGCAACUCUGCAACUAGUACAGGUUCAUAUGCGGACUACACUGGCACCAGCAUAACCAACAAGAGUGAUGCAAACAUGGAGCACAGCGACUCUCAGGGGAGCAACGACACUAUCAAGAUUACUCCUCAGUUUGCACCUUAUUUCAAGCCAAAGGGAGACCCGUUGAGGACUCUGCCUCUGUCCAGAGGGGGCAGCGUUGAGAGCCUGCCAGCACGGACACAGUGCCUGGCGUCGUCUGACAGCAAAAGAAUGAGUGCUGACCUGUCAGAGCUGGAGCCCAAGAUGCCAUUUGCGCCUGCAGCACGCCCACAGUAUAAACGAGGCCACCGUAAAACGGCAUCAUUCGGCACCAUUCUGGAUGUCCCCAAGAUCGUCAUAACAGCCACAUGCGAGCCUCAGAGACGUCGCUCCGUGCAGGAUCUGCCAGGCAUCAGCUCAGAGUCCAGCCAGGGGAGCAGGAACAGCAGCAGGUCUUCCAGUCCCAGUGUGAGGAUGAUGCCUGACAAGACGGGCAGCAGAGGUUACUUCUCCCUUGAAGACCCCCCAGACACCAACGGCUCCGACAAUUCCAUUCCCAUGGCGUAUCUCACCCUGGAUCACCAGCUGCAGCCCCUCGCCCCCUGUCCCAACUCCAAAGAGUCCAUGGCUGUGUUCGAGCAGCACUGCAAGAUGGCCCAGGAGUAUCUGAAGGUGCAGACGGAGAUCGCCCUGCUGAUCCAGAGGAAGAAGGAGCUGAUCGCCGAACUUGACCAAGACGAGAAGGACCAGCAGAACACGUCUCGGCUGGUGCAGGAGCACAAGAAGCUGCUGGAGGAGAACAAGAGUCUGUCCACGUACUACCAGAAGUGCAAGAAGCAGCUGGAGCUCAUCCGGGUGCAGCAACAGAAGAGACAGGGCACGUCCUGAUGAGAUACGCUGCCCACCGCUGCGAGUCCCUCCCCUCCCCUUCGUUACAACACUACCCGCUUUCGUUCUUUGCUCACACACUCACACACGUUUCCCUGUCCAGCUUUGUAAAGAGACCUGCACUCUACUGUGUCCUGCAUGUCGCGUUUUAGACCUGUUUCUCCUGUCCCGCAGGAAGACGACCACCCCCCCACUGUACAUACAUUUGCACACGGUCACAGUGAAUUCUGUGACACCGCUGACCAAACAAUCACUGCACCCACCCAACCCAACCCUGCUUCUGCGAUCCUGGACCGACCCGUCGCUCAUCGGCAGCGCUGUCCAUCGACGUGCGAUGGCGGGGCGAUGGAGUGCGGGGUCGGGCGCCUCUACAUUGUUUCUCUCAGGGCGUCCCGGGGCCACCUGGUCAGCGCGUGUCCUCUCCUCACACCGUCCUCCAGAAUGUGAAAAAACCAAGACAAACAAAGGCUUUUUCAGCAAAACGUGUGAAUCUCGAUGCAGUAACAUUUCAGAACAAUGAGGACGUUUGAAAUUUUACUCUACAGUGUGCAAGUGGAGUCCCUGUUUAUGCAAAACACACACACACACACACACACACACACACACACACACACACACACACACACACACCCUCAUCAAAUGAACGUAUUUAUCACUCCCUUCCCUCCUCAUGAGCAUGAGCCCGUCCACAGGUGCUGGUCCUGAUGUCAGACAUCACAGUGAGAGGAGUCGCUCAGCGUCCGUGUGAACCCGGAUGCAGAAUUGACGGUCUGCUCAGAGCGAACACACAGAGCUGUGGAUUCCCCUUUUUAUUUUGACUCCAGUAUUGUUUUUGCGUUUCGAUGUUUUUUGUCUUUUUUAUUCAGUAGUUCACUUUGUAUGAUAGCUCUUGUGUCAUUUUUUCCUUUUUUUUGCAUUAGGACAUAUUUUAUCUGGGAACGCCCCCACAGGAAAUAUAGACGGGCCUAUACUUCCCCAUACGGAGUCUAGUUUGUUUUUAGUUCACAUGAUGCCUUAGGAGUUGCCUGCAUUUUAAGUGCUUGUGUUAUUACGUAACAUUUAGUGGGGAUGAAAGCUGUUAAAAAAAAAAAACGAAGAAGCAAUGAUGGACAUUGAAUGAGACUCUUUCAGGACGGGACAGAGAGGAAUGUAUGUGUGGAAGUUUUCCCACCAGCUUCACAUCCAAAAGAGAAGAAGGGAGUAUUCGAUUUCAUAUUUUUAUUCUCUCAUCCCUCAAGUAUUUUUGCACAGUCGCUUCUUUUCCUCUGGUCAUGUACAGAUUUUAUCGCUCAUUUAGACAAUUCUGUUUUUAAAAGUUGGAGGUUUUAAAAGUCUGAGACUCAAAACUUUGAACUGUACAGGAGGGGAACUUCAGUGUCCCCCCCUUCUCAUCAGUUUUCUGUUAGCUGACACACACACACACACACACACACACACACACACACACACACACACACACACACACACACACACAGGUGUUUCCCAACCUACUGGGGAAUGAGGUUUUAGUAUAUGACAUUGAGCAAAGGCAUUAUGAAAUAAACUGAAUGGUGAAAAGA